GAAGGAGGAGGAAACAAGAAGCUUUCUAAAAGUGAUGAUCUUGAAAUGCAGCCUCUCAAUGCAGCAGAAAUAGAUGGAGCGAAUCUCACACAGCACAAAGAAGAAGCUGAGAGCCUGAGGAAAGAGCUGAAGAUCAAGAACAAAAAGGUUGAAAACAAACAGGCUGAAUGUGAUCUACUCAUGAAGCUGCUGCAGCUCCAUGAAGAGAAUCAGAGGACAAUGAGAGACCUGCUGACCCUGAAGGAGAAUCUGGAGACCAAGACCAAAGAGCUGGAGACAAUAAAAGCUGCCUGGUUACCAGUAAGUGUUUAUUGUUAA